AUGCCUUUGGAUCGGCUGAGUGAUCUCCGCAAGAUGGUGGCCCAGCUGUUUGGGUGCGAGGAAGAGGAGGAGGAGGUGGCGGCGACCCUGUCGCCCUCCUCCGCUUCAAGCCCCCCGCCCUCCUCUGUGGAAGCUGAGGCCUCGCAAGAGGAUGCUCUGCUGGUGAUGAUGGCUGACCUGGUGGAGUUCCUGCUCCUCAAGUAUCGUGCUAAGGAGCCCAUCACCAAGGCAGAGAUGCUGAACGUGGUCCCCGGAGAUGCCCAGGACCGCUACCCUGAGGUCCUCAGCCAUGCUUCCGAGUGCAUGCAGCUGGUCUUUGGCUUGGAUCUGAAGGAGGUGGACCCCGGUGAGCACACCUACGCCCUGGUCCCCACCCUGGGCCUCACCUGGGAUGGGGUGCUGAGCGAUGAGCACAGCCUGCCCAAGACCGGCCUCCUGGUGGUGCUCCUGGCUGUGAUUUUCCUGGAGGGCGACUACGCCUCUGAGGAGGUGGUCUGGGUAGAGCUGGGCAAAAUGGGGCUGUAUCCUGGGAAGGUGCACUGCAUCUAUGGGGAGCCCAGGGUGCUCCUCACCCAGGUGUGGGUGCAGGAGGGGUACCUGGAGUACCGCCAGGUGCCCCACAGCGACCCCGCCCGCUACGAGUUCCUCUGGGGUCGCCGAGCCCACGAGGAGACCAGCAAGUUGAAAGUCCUGGAGCAUCUGCUCAGGGUCAAUGGGACGGGUCCCAGGUCCCGCCCAUCACAGUCUGCGGAGGCGGUGAGGGAGGAGGAAGAGGGGCCCUGA